UUUCAGUAAAUCACAAACGAUAACUGUGUAACAAAUCAACGAUUAGGUCUACCAUCAUUAUGUCUCAAGGCUGAUAAGAUGUUUUCCAAAUAAAUUUCGUUUGUUGAAAAUAUUGAUGGUGCUCUGACCUAUCUGAUCACAAUUGUGACGACGUCAUUAUGGCCAGAGAUACAAAGAAAAGCAUCAAGGACUUCAUUGAUUAUGUCACUACGCUGGAAAAGGAGGAAGACCCUGAGGGGAACGGUUUUAACAAAGAAUACCGGCUGAUUCAUGAGUUCCAAGUCAGAAAACGCAGGGAGAAUGCUUUCAAAAUGGAUACUGGCAAACUUUACAAUAACUUGAAGAAAAACAGAUACAAAGAUAUUUUACCAUAUGAUGAACACAGAGUUAUUUUGACUGAAGUAGAAGGUGAGGAGGAGUCUGAUUACAUCAAUGCCAGCAAACUCAUGGGUGUGCGGGGCACAGGUGGCUACAUAGCCAGUCAGGGUCCCCUGGCGGCCACGGUCACUGACUACUGGCGCAUGGCCUGGGAGUACAAGGUGGAGAUCAUCUUCAUGGCCUGUCGUAUUGUGGAGCAGGGCAAGAUCAAGUGUAAACAAUACUGGAAUGACCAGGACAAGUCAGAUGAGUUUGGAGACAUAACGGUAUUCACGGAGAGUGAAGAAGAAAUCAGCACGGACUUCAUCAAGAGACUGUUUGUGGUGAGCCGAGGCGACGAACAACGACGUGUGGUUCAGUUCCACUACUCCGGAUGGCCGGAUCACGGCAUCCCCAGAGAUCCGGCUCACAUCAGAGACCUGAUCGGCAUCAUGCGACAAGCUCGUCAGAACGACAGCGCUCCGCUGUUAGUUCACUGCAGUGCUGGCUGUGGCAGAACGGGUGCUAUCAUUGCCAUUGACUUUGUGUGGACACUUUUAGAGGAAGGGAGGUUUGAUGAAACUUUCAGUCUUUAUGAGCUCAUCUGCAACUUCCGCGAACAACGCAUGUCCAUAGUACAGACUGCAGAGCAGUAUGCACUUGUGAACCAAGUCCUGCGCUCUCUCUGUGAGGAAUGGGUGGCCAAAAUGGCUUCCCACACCUAUGAGAAUGUGGAGAUAGAAGGACAGGAUUAUGCCAAUGUUGGAUCCAAAGAAAACGGAGAAGAGGAGGAGCACAUCUACAUGGACGGCGGCUCGCUGCAGGCUGAGAGGGAGGCAGGGGCAACAACAACGAGUCGAAGCCCAUCGCAGCCUUUGGUGGUGGAUCCUGAGGCUCCGGCAGAAAGUGCCCCGCCCCCACCACCGACACCCCCUGGGCCGGGGCCAGAGAUCAUAGAGGUGAACAGACCCAAGGCCAAAGUGACCACCUCCAACGCUGGGACGUACGAAAACGUCAAACUGCUCUCGGAGCCGAAAAUGCGCGCGCCGGCCCCUCCCCCUCCCGGGUCGGAGGCUGAGGGCGCGGUGCAGCACAGGACGGUCAUUCAGAUCGGCUCUCCCAGCGGCACCCCUAAGCAGCAGGCCAGCGGCGCGGCAGGGGGCGCAAAUGUGAUUUACCUGGUGGGUCCGGAGCAGAAGUCUGUCUCGGCGGUCCCGCCUCUCUCCCCCAAAACCAACAAACGAAGCGGCAGUCUCCAAGGACUGGAACCCAACCCACAGAGCCAGCGAGCCAACAGCACGAGCGGCGCGGACAGCCUGACCGUUGUGGGCGUGGCGAUACAGCCACAACACGCCCCUUCCGCACCAGCCCCUCCCCAAAGUGAAGAGGGCGUGGCUUCAUCAGCCAUAUACAGCUUUGCUUCAGCG